AUGCAGGUACAGAGUUCUUGUGGAGGCCUGCCUGAAGACACUCUCGCUCCAGAAAAGAGCGGCGUGUCAUCCCAAAAUAAAGACAAUGAACUGAAUUCCUCCUUCUGGUCCGGGUGUGCUUUGGAGGUGCCCAGUGUUCAAGAUGGUCUCGAUUGGUUCUUUGGCGAACCUCUGCAGGGCAUCAGUGAGCUGGUUGAUUCUUCAAUGCCAGCACAAUUUGACCCCGAUCUAUCUUUUCCUCUCCAACCUCUUGCGCAAUGUAACUCAGACACCCGAGGCAUAAUGCACUGUGCAGAAGAAGCGGAGAAUAUCAAUCUACUCCUGGAUGCCAACACAGACCAAGAGAGCGACUGGAAUAUUGCCCUGUCUGGUAUCCAGGUCUCUCUCAGCCAGCUCGAUAUACAAGUCUUGCAGUCACCGUUCUUUGAGGUUGGAAACCUGAAGAUGUUUUACGAUCUUUACUUCCAGCACUACCAUCCACAAUUCCCCAUUAUUCACCAGGCGACGCUCUCAGUGAGGACCUGUCAUCCGCUCCUGCUAAUUGCGAUUCUGGAUCUAGGCUCGACAUUGGUGACAGAUGAGACGCUCUUUGAUCUUGGACAGCAAGUACAUCAAUCUCUGCGACUGGUCAUUCUCAAUAGUGGAAUCUUUGAGUGCCCCAUUGCUCUUUGGUGUCUUCAAGCCCUGCUUCUGGUCCAGGCUUAUGGAAAAAUGAUAUCUUCACGGAAGAAUUAUGAGAUGGCCCAUAUCUUCCACGGGACUAUUCUUACGAUGAUGAAAAGAGGAAGCGUCUACCUCACAGCUUCCACUUCACAACCGCCAGAGCCAAAUGAGUCUCCUCAAUUAAGCUGGCACCGCUGGAUCAAUGAAGAAUGUUGGCGUCGAACCGCUUGUUUCGCAUUUGUGAUGGAUGCCCAGCAUGCCUGUGUAUUCGGGCACUCUCCCGUCCUCUCAGUGGUUGACAUGCGAAUCACACUUCCCUGUCUUGAAUCUCUAUGGGUUUGUAGCUCGGCGGAAACAUGGCAAGAACUGAAUCGAGUUGAAAAGCCUGCUUCACUUUUCUUGCCAACCCUCAAAUCCCUACUCCGAGAGAAUGUACUUCCACCGCACUGUAGCGAAUAUGCGCGGUUCGUGCUCUUGCACGGGCUGAUGAGCUUGCAGACACAUCUUCAGGCCGGUUCGCGGUUCACACUCGGAAUCGAUAUGGAGAGACUAGAUUCCCAUGCCAACACCCGUCACCCCAGCAGUAGUAGCAGUAGCAGCACUCCCGUCUGGGCAAACACAAUCGAUACAGCCUUCAACACCUGGUCCACUUUUCUCUUCUCUCUCCAGCCAUCGCUAUGUCUCGAAGCGGCCCGUCCGAUUUAUCGCAUUGCCCAAAUUACCCUGCAUGUCAGUGUCAUCGAUAUCCACACCCUAGCCAUGGACCCAGCUUUCCAGUCUGGUCCUUCCCUUCCCCAUGGGGAUCUUGCGCUCUCUCUCGCCAACACCAAUGUCAACAAUAUGACAGCGAGUAAGGCCCUUACACGCCUACAACGCUGGGUCCACACCGAGUCCGCCCGCAGCGCCUGCCGCUAUGCGCUCCUCUUGAUCCAGGAAACCAUGUUUAACGGCAAGCACUAUUUAGCUCGUGAGGACAAUGUUGCUCCCAGGCCGUGGUGCUUGUACAUCGCCGUGUUGACGCUCUGGGUCUACGGUGUGCUCACCGAGGGCCCAGCUCCUGCCUCGGAUGGGGAUACCGUAAACUCGGCCGAGGAAUACAUGAUUCGAAUGACUCGCGCAAUGCAGGAGGCCAACUCAGCAAAACCAAUUAUCCGUGGUGCGAACCGGAUUGUUGGCCUGAUUCGCGCUGUGAGGGAUGCGUUGGUAUGGUGUCGGUGGGAGUUAUUACAAGAGGCUCAUCUAGUGCUAAGGCGGCUUGGUGGUGAGAUUGUGCUUGAUGCUGGGGGUGAUAGGAAGACUCUUAUUUGA